CUUCGUACCCUGAUUGAUUUUUCUCCCUCUGUUCUGUUUGCCGUGUUCUUCCCUCCCUUGCCACACCUUUGUGCUUCCAGUCUCCCUUUAAAAGAACGCUCUCAAUUGUAGUACCUUAUCUGCCCAUUGUGGUCCAGAUCCCGCUCCGUGACACAACCACCAUGUCCGGUUGGUCCGAUCUCCCCGGCGCCCUCAAAGGCUCCCUAGACAAGUUCUCGGAGCUCUUGUCCUCUGAUGCCCAGCUCAAGGCCUUCACAACCUCCAACGCCAUCGACGCGCCUGUAACCUUUACUAUCAAGUCUAGUGGCUCUGACAACAGCAUCAUUGUCACCACCAGCAACGGCUCUGCAAAGGCUAAAACAGGGCCCUCCAAAGAUGGUCUCUUCUCCUUGUCCGUAUUGCCCGAGCAAUGGGAGCAGUUCUUCCAGCCCAUUCCCGUGGCUCCAUACCAGAGUUACUGGGGCAUGUUUAGCAUGAACAUUACUCAGCAAGCAAUUGAAGCCCAGGGCGACCAAUCCGCAUUUGCACACUGGACGCACGUAUGGAGACGCGUGUUGGAGCUUCUGCACGACGCUCACUGCGGUCCAAUGAAAGUGGAUGAGCAACCUGAGCCCCAGAGGGACUACCUUACUGGGAGAUACCUCUACCUGGAUGCGCCGGUCUGGGGCCGCUGCAAGAUUUUCUACGAAUCAUCUGGUGAGGGUAAGCAGCAGAUUGUGUUUCUACAUACCGCGGGAAGCGAUGGGCGGCAGUAUCAUGGCGUUAUGAAUGAUGACCGGAUGCGGAAGAGGUGUACAAUGUACUGUUUUGAUCUGCCGGGGCAUGGGAGGAGCUUCCCGUCUCAGAAAUACUCCCCUGGUGCGCAUACGAAUACCGAAGACAGCUACGUGGGCAUUAUCGCCGCCUUCGUGAAGUCUUUAGGACUUCGAAGGCCGAUCAUUUGCGGUGCGAGUAUGGCUGGCCAGGUGUGUCUUGCGGUCGCCAUCCGACACAAGGAGGUUGGAGCUGGAGGCGCGAUUCCCCUGCAGGGUGCGGAAUACCUCAACAUGGAGCGCCAAUGGAACGACCAGUCUCCUUACAUAAACCAAUCUCUCUUCAACCCCGAAUGGGUCUACGGCCUGAUUUCUCCCACUGCCCCUCUCGCCAACAAGCAACUUAUCUGGCACUUGUAUUCCGGCCAAGCCUACGGCAUCUUCCACGGCGACCUCGACUUCUACUUCGGCGGCUGGGAUGGGCGUUCCCGAGUAGCUUCUAUCGACACCAACGCAUGUCCCGUCUUCAUGCUGACUGGCGAAUACGAUUGGUUGAACACGCCCGAGAUAAGCCAGAAGACGGCGGACAAGAUUCCGGGCGCGAAGCACAAAGCGAUGCCGGGGCUGGGACAUUUCCCAGCGACGGAGAAUCCGGCGAAGUUUGUGCCGCAUUUGUUAGAGGCGAUUGAGCACAUUCAGAAGGUUAGGAGUGAGAGUUUGAGUACCAUGAGGUUGGGGACAGAUUAGGUGAGUUUGGGGCUUGGGAAUGUGGGGAUGAGGGGAUGGGAGAUAAAAUGAUGAGGAGCUUAGAGGAAGGGUUGAGAGGAGGGGAUGAGGGAGGGUGAGGGAGGCUCAGAGAACGUGAGUGCGAUGUGAAAGUGAUGGGUGUAUUGUUUACAGCAUACAUGUAUUAGUGUUAUAAGAGGUUACUAUUCGCAGGCCUUCUUUUCCAACGUGUCUGCCGUAUUCACCGAGGCAUAACUGCAAAUGUUUUUUUCCGACGUGAAACGAAAACCUCUCCUGUGCAUUGCUCGGGAGUAUACUACUCAUACCGACUACACGCCAUCAAGAUUCUCCCCGGUUCCAAGGG